CCUAGUAUGGCCAAUGAAGAGGAUGACCCAGUCGUACAGGAGAUUGACGUGUACUUGGCCAAAAGUCUGGCAGAGAAACUCUAUCUGUUUCAGUACCCUGUGCGCCCAGCCUCGAUGACCUACGAUGACAUUCCACAUCUCUCAGCCAAGAUCAAGCCCAAACAGCAGAAGGUAGAGCUUGAGAUGGCCAUCGACACCCUGAACCCCAACUAUUGCCGCAGUAAGGGGGAACAGAUUGCUCUGAACGUGGAUGGCACCUGCACUGAUGAGACAAGCACGUACUCUUCGAAGCUGAUGGAUAAGCAGACCUUCUGCUCCUCCCAGACCGCCAGUGACAUGUCCCACUACGCAGCUGCACUCUACAGGAAAGGUGAGCUCCACCUGACACCUUUACAUGGCAUCCUGCAGUUGCACCCCAGCUUCUCCUACCUGGAUAAAGCCGACGCCAAGCACCGUGAGCGGGAGGCAGCCAAUGAAGCAGGAGACUCUUCUCAGGACGAGGCAGAAGAAGACGUUAAGCAGAUCACGGUGCGGUUCUCCCGGCCGGAGUCAGAGCAGGCCCGACAGCGCCGCGUGCAGUCCUACGAGUUCCUCCAGAAGAAGCACGCCGAGGAGCCCUGGGUGCACCUGCACUACCACAGCCUCAGGGACAGCCGUUCUGAGUACGAGCGGCAGUACCUGCUGUGCCAGGGCUCCGGCGGGGUCGAGAACACAGAGCUCGUUAAGUCACCCAGUGAAUACCUCAUGAUGCUGAUGCCACCUGGCCAGGAGGAGGAGAAAGACAAACCUAUGGCUCCCAGCAACGUCCUGUCCAUGGCCCAGCUGCGCACCCUGCCCCUGGCCGAUCAGAUCAAGAUCCUGAUGAAAAACGUGAAGGUCAUGCCUUUUGCCAACUUAAUGAGUCUUCUGGGCACCUCCGUCGAUCCUGUUGCUGUUCUGCGUGGCAUCCAGAAGGUGGCUAUGUUAGUCCAGGGAAACUGGGUGGUGAAGAGUGACAUCUUGUACCCCAGAGACUCCUCCAGCCCCCACAGCGGCGUGCCUGCUGAGGUGCUCUGCAGGGGCCGAGACUUCGUGAUGUGGAAGUUCACACAGAGCCGCUGGGUAGUGAGGAAAGAGGUGGCAGCCGUGACCAAACUCUGCAUGGAGGACGUGAAGGACUUCCUGGAGCACAUGGCGGUAGUGAGGGUCAACAAAGGCUGGGAGUUCAUGCUGCCCUACGAUGAGGAGUUCAUCAAGAAGCACCCCGAUGUCGUCCAGAGACAGCACAUGCUGUGGACAGGGAUCCAGGCCAAAUUAGAAAAAGUCUAUAAUCUUGUGAAGGAAACCAUGCCAAAGAAGCCAGAAGGACAAUCAGUGCCUGCCACUCUGGUCUCCGGGGAUCAGCGGGUCCAAACCGCCAAAGUCAGGGCCCAGCAGAACCACGCAGUGCUUGAGCGGGAGCUGCAGCACCGGAAGGAGCAGCUGCAGGCCUCCGCGCAGUCCGCCAUGCGCAUCAAGGAGGAGCCCAUGAGUGAGGAGGGCGAGGAGGAGCCGGAGGACGAGGAGCCCAUGGACACUGCCCCCAGCGGGGGCUUCAGCAGCAGGCUGGCCAAUGGGCUGCCUGCUGGGCGGGCAGCAGGUGGGGCCAGCUUCAACGGGCACCCGCCCCCAGGCACUGUCGGCACCCCGGUGGCCCAGGAACUGAGGGCUUUCGUGGAGGCCACCUUCCAGAGACAGUUUGUGCUCACGCUGAGCGAACUCAAGCGCCUCUUUAACAUGCACUUGGCGAGCCUGCCGCCUGGCCACAUCCUGUUCAGUGGCAUCUCGGACCGCAUGCUGCAAGAGACGGUGCUGGCUGCUGGGUGCAAGCAGAUACUGGUGCCUUUUCCCCCACAGACUGCUGCUUCCCCUGAUGAACAGAAGGUGUUCGCCCUCUGGGAGUCUGGAGACAUGAGCGACCAGCACCGACAGGUUUUGCUUGAAAUUUUUUCCAAAAAUUACCGCGUGCGCCGGAACAUGAUCCAGUCUCGGUUGACGCAAGAGUGUGGGGAAGAUCUGAGUAAACAGGAAGUGGAUAAAGUGCUAAAGGACUGCUGCGUAAGCUAUGGUGGCAUGUGGUACCUUAAGGGAACCGUACAGUCUUGA